AUGCCAUAUCGCAGCACACAAUCGUGGAAUGUUAUUCUUGACGCAUACGCCGGGACCAAGAAUCUCGAGGAAUCUUUCAGUGUCUUCACAAGUAUGCCUCAGCACGACGAGUUCUCUUGGUCGAUUUUGAUCUUGCUUGUGAGUGAUUCUGGAAAUGUAGACCAAGCAAUCAAUCUUUUCAACAAAAUGCCAUAUCAAAACGUACUGUGCUGCAAUGCCCUCUUACAAGCAUAUGCCCAAACCGGGAAUAUGCACCCGAUAUCUCGAUUCCUUUGUCAGUCGAACCUCCUUGGAAUCAGGCCGAACCAGACCACAUUUGCUUCGGUCCUUACCGGGAUUAGCUACGUCGGUGCCCUGGAGGAUGCCCGAAGCUGUUUUGGCAGCAUGGUUUGGGACCAUGGCAUCCCAGCUUCGGCAAUGCACUUUUGCUGCGUGGUUGACGUGCUGGGACGGGCUGGUCAGAUCAAAGAUGCCAUGGAUCUGGUGGACAGCCUUCCGUACAAUCCCAUGGAAGUGGAAUGGACGGCAUUGCUUGGAGCUUCCAAGACGCAAGGGGAUAUUCGCACAGUAUUCGAACUGGCGACCUUGUCAGUUAAUGUUUUAUGUGCCAGGUAUCGAACGCUAGGUCGAUCGUCGUUACGCGGCUAUGGCGUCCAAGAGCAUUGCUUGGCGCCGCGAGUAGCGUUGCCGCGGCAGGCGAUAUUUCGCGCACCGAUGUAG